UUGGAGGUUUCGCGUAUCGGGCUAGGAUGCAUCGUCUUUUUUACUGAGCUGGAGCCAUCUAUUACUGUCACCGAGCAAAACCUGGCAGACCGAGUUCGGUAUAUCUUACGCUCAAAUAUAUUUGAUGGCGCCGAACUCGAACGGCUACGACGUGAGGCUGUUCCCUCAUCAAAUGAAAACGCUACGACUGAGGGUGCGGUGCCACAAGUUGCAGAACAACCCGCACACGUGGAUGCCGCCGAGAAUACCCCAGUGGUUGCUGAUUCAAAUGAUGAUGGAACAUUCACCCAGGAACUAGAAAUAGAGCAAAUGAGGAGUACAUUGGAAGAGGCGAUUAUGGAAACGCGCAGUACGCCUCUCGAAAAUCGACCGCGACUUCCCCGCAUAGCCCUAAGCAAGCGGAAUCGGGCUGUCGUGAGGGCUCUGAACCCAAUGCUGGUGACCUAUUUGGAAGCCAGCCGGGACCUUUGCGAGACGGACUCAAUUCUCUUUGGCGCCGCACUGGCAGUCUGCCGUAUUAUAGGCGUCAAACUUUCCACGGCUGGACGCACUACUGGACAAAGUAGUGCUAUCCCAGCCUGGAGAACAAGAAUUGAAGAACGUAUCGCAAAGGCUAGGGCCCUCAUCGGCAGACUGAUAUGCUUCAGGUCAGGCAAUACCAGGCCAAGGAUUGUGCGCACCGUCAGGAUGGCGUUUGCUGGGACAAAUGUUAGUUUGUCCCAGCCGGAUAUAAUGCAAAAACUGACGGAGCGCAUAGACGACCUGAAGCAGAGAAUCGCUGCUUGGGGAAAGCGAAUUCGGCGAUAUACCGAGAGGUCGACACGGUUCAACCAGAAUCGUCUCUUCCAGAGUGAUCAGAAGAGGCUCUAUAAAUCAUUGGAGCGACCAAUGGUAAGUGGAACGGGCCCAGUACCGAAUCAGGCCGACACGGUCGCAUUCUGGCGCAGCCUGUGGUCAGAGCCCGUAAACCACAACGAGGGCCCUUGGACGGAAGUUGUGGCGAGUCAGUGUGCGGGUAUUACGCCCAUGGACCCCGUCACCAUAACGCCGGAUGACGUAGCUGAGGCGGUCCGUAGGGCCCCGAACUGGAAAAGUCCGGGACUCGACGGGCUGCAUCACUACUGGCUGAAGGGGUUCGUGCGUGUAACCAUGGCAACGUUAUGUGGCGUCAUGUGUUCAUCUCCGCUUGUGGAAUAG